ACACAAGUUUUUCAAAGCACUUUGAAAAUAGAAAUACAGUAGUAGUAUACUGGUAAGUCAACAGAAUAAACCACAAGACCAGAACUUCAUAUACAGUAGAGGUUAUGUAUUGUCAUUAAUCAAAUUAGAGAAUCAUUAAGUAAUAACGAAUAACAGUUCAUAAAAUUACAUUAUUAUAUCAGCCUUGUCAUGAGUUCUAGUCAAGCCAACGGGAAUAGCUCAGGAGCCACUAACACGGCCGAUGGUUCUAAUCAAAACCUGCAACAAUCUAAUGUUAUUCCUAGAGAUGUACGAUUAUUACAUUUAAUAUUUGCCACUCAAGGUAUUCAAAAUUAUCAAGACCAUGUGCCGUUACAGCUCAUGGAUUUUGCUCAUAGAUAUACUAAAUCUGUAUUGAAAGAUGCUUUGGUAUAUAAUGAUCAUGCCAAGCCUUUAAAUACCAAUACUAAUUUAAAUGCAAACACAAAUGUAGCAGUUAACACCGAUGAUAUAAGAUUGGCUAUUGCCGCAAGAACCAACUAUCAAUUCAAACCUACACCUCCAAAAGAAUUACUCUUAGAAUUGGCUGAAGAAAGAAAUUCAAAACCAUUGCCUCCGGUCAUACCAAAAUGGGGAUUGAAUUUACCUCCCGAAAAGUACUGCCUCACCGCCAGAGAUUUUGAUAAUAUUGAUGACGAAGUUGAUGAACAGCCUUCUAACAAAAAGGCUAAGAAUUGAUGACUUAAUAUUCCCAAAACAACCACAAAAAAUUCUACAAACUAUAAAAAAGAGAUUUCUUAUGAAUCCAUGUAUACUACACUCUGUAUUCUAUCAGUA